AUGACGAUGUCGAUAAAAAAGGAGAAGCGCCUCAGAGGUGAAAACUUCUCCGAGGAAGAUAAAAUGUUUAUCGUCCAAUUCGUCGCUGAUAAUUCCGGGGUAUUGGAGUCCAAAGUCGUCAAUCCGAGGAUAAAUGAGAAAAAACAGCACCUAUGGAAAAUUUUAUCGAAAAAAUUGGAGGCACGAGGGCAAUACCGGGAGCCCUCGAAGCUCAAAAUGUUGUAUUUCCGGCUAAAGCAACACGCUAAAACCGUCAUCGGAGCCUAUCGCAAGUCUCUAAACCAAACCUGCGUAGAAAAGCCAACUGAGUUAGACUGGGCCAUUGCAGAUAUAUCUGCAGCAGAUUUUAAUGAAUAUAUAUCAGAGUCAGACAGGACGGGCGCUGUUGAGCCCCAGGUUGCAAAUGGCAGCGAAGAGGUUCCAGAUUUUGUAGACCCCGUAACUGGAGAUACCUUUUUACUAGAAAACCUCCUCGAGUCGCAGCUUUCAGAAGCAAUGCCGUCCACCUCCAGAAAAAGGAUGAGUGAAUUCGAGGAAGAAAUGCUGAAAUUGCAUGAGCAACAUAUGGCGCAGAAAAUUAAAAAUGAAAAGGAAAUUUAUACAAAGCAGUUGGAACUUUUGAGUUUCAAAAUUCAAGCUAAAAAAUUAAAAUUGGAGCUGCUCAAAAAACAAGUUGGGCAAUUGUAGGUUAUUAGUUAAAUUAUUGUUAAUUACAUUAUUGCAUUUCGAAUAGUAAAGUAAGUAAAAUUCAUGGUGGUGUAAAGUCUUUAUUGUAGUGGAUAUUUUUGUAUUCGACUUGUCAACAUAACCUCCAAUUAUUUGUUAGACACUAGCUACGCCAUACGUUCAGGAAACAUUUGAGAACUCAAAUUUUCUAAUUUUUAAAGAAGCAUGAUCUGUUGGACUGUACUUUAGCCAUUGACAAAAAUUCGGGUAAUUAUUCCCACCAACAAUGGGAUGACGUCAUCUCCAAAAUUUACCAUAGUAAAUGUUACUUAAAUUUGAUAAAAUAACAUCUCCUGCACUUGUGGUUUAUGAAUCCGUGUUAAGUUCUUUACCUAAGACAUACAGAUUUUUGAAAAAAAAAUUGUAUAACAUUUUGCAAUUUAACUUUGAAACUUUAAAAUAGGCCUCCCGUUUCCGCCUGUCUGUCUGUAUCCGUUUGUCUGUCGUCCCGAUUUUUAUAAGACAGAUAAGCUCCGAAAGUAAUAUGUUGCCGUUAACGUUGGGUUUUCAACCAAUCAAAUUGCGAUAGUGUGCAGUGCUGCCAACUUGAAGGAAAAUCCCCCGAAGUAAGGAGGACAUUUUUCUGGGUGACAGCACUAAUUCAACGAAAAUUAUAUUUUGAUAAAGAUAAUGAGGUCCACUAAUAUUACGUCAUUUAAACACCUGUUUACCGAAACCCUCAUUUUAAAUAGCUGCCAUCAUUUUCUACACUGUAGCUUUCUGUCACCACUUACGCAUUGGUAAAGAUGUUUUCAAACGUUUAAAUCAACAAGAUUUGUUGCUGUUCGUCUCAAAAAUAGAUUAGGUAUUAUAAGAGCUUAUAUUUGCCCUUUUUUCUUAAUAUGUGUAAUCUUUUUUUCACAACAAGAAAGGUAAAACAUGUUGA